CGUGCGUUGUUCCAGUAACAAGUUGCGCGACCUCUCGACUCUCGCUCUCCAGCGCUCUUCGCGAAAUCUCGGUUGUUCUCGUUGCCAAUUUAGUGUGCGCACAAAUUGACGAACGAGAUGGCAAGUAAUAACAAAUCGGGCAUUCUGUAUCUGUUCGAUCGGCCCGCGGAGCCGGCGUACGUACCUAAGGGAGAAAAGAAAGUCGCCUUCGACAUACCAGCUGACUACUUGCCUGAAAAUCGGCAGUCGGUGGCUCCCGAGGUACUCAACCGUUUCGCGGAAGAUACCACGCGGAAAAUCCCAGUGAAGCAGAUCAGUCUGCCGGACUUGAGCGUUCCCCUUCAACUUGGACGUCGGGAACCUUUCUCUCUGUUUAUCCCGAAGCAUCGGAAAUUAGCCUCACGGCUCAUCGACAUUUUCUUGGGUAUGCGAACGUACGAGGACUUCCUUUCGGUGUCAGUUUACUGUCGCGAUCGCGUUAAUCCCCAAAUGUUCAUCUACGCGCUCUCGGUGGCGAUCCUGCAUCGUCCCGAUACGAAAGAUCUGCCGAUACCGCCGCUAACGGAAGUUUUCCCGGACAAGUACAUCGACAGCGGGAUAUUUGCCAGGGCGAGAGAGGAAGCCAACGUUGUACCGGCUGGCUCCAGGUUGCCGAUCGAAAUUCCACGGGAUUACACCGCGUCGGAUCUCGACGAGGAGCAUCGUGUGGCUUACUGGAGAGAAGAUAUCGGGAUCAAUCUUCAUCACUGGCACUGGCAUCUGGUCUAUCCAUUCGAGACCGACAUCAGGAUUGUUAACAAGGAUCGACGCGGCGAGCUGUUCUACUAUAUGCACCACCAGAUCCAAGCUAGAUACAAUUGCGAGCGUCUGUGCAACCGACUGGGCCGGGUGAAGCGCUUCCACAAUUGGCGCGAGCCGAUCCCGGAGGGUUACUUCCCCAAGUUGGAUUCUUUGGUGGCCAGUCGCACUUGGCCCGCUCGUCCCGCCGGCGCCAUUCUCAAGGAUAUUAACCGGCCGGUGGAUCAACUGAACUUCGACCUGCAGGAUUUGGAGAGAUGGCGCGAUCGUAUCUAUGAGGCUAUUCAUACCGGCUCUAUCAUCAACCCCCGCGGCGAGAGGGUGCCGUUGACCGAGUUUGGGGGUGUGGACGUGCUCGGUAAUAUCAUGGAGGCUAGCAUUCUGUCAGCCAAUCCUAAUGUCUACGGAGAUCUUCACAAUCUCGGCCACGUCGCCAUCUCCUACUGUCAUGAUCCUGAUCAUCGUUAUUUGGAGACUUUUGGCAUCAUGGGAGAGCCGGCCACCGCUAUGAGAGAUCCCAUCUUCUAUAGAUAUCACGCUUUCGUCGAUGACGUGUUCCUAGAGCACAAGAAUACACUUCCCGAGUACAGCCUACAGCAGUUGGACUUCCCCAAUGUGGAGAUUACCAAUAUAAGUCUGCAGACCCCGAAUCUAUCGCCGAAUCUAUUGUCGACCUUCUGGACUAAGAGUGAUGUCGAUCUAUCCCGCGGUUUGGAUUUCACGCCGCGCGGCCCCGUGCUCGCCAGAUUUACUCAUCUGAAUCACGCCGACUACAAGUACAGGAUCGUUGCUAACAAUCGCAAUAAUGCGCCGCGCAGAGGCACCGUUCGUAUAUUCAUAGUACCCAGACAGGACGAGCGUGGACUGCCAUACGUGUUCAGGGAUCAGAAGGAGCUCAUGAUCGAGAUGGACAAGUUCACCGUAUUAUUGAAACCGGGACAAAACGUCAUCGAGCGUCAGUCGACGGAGUCGUCGGUAACUAUACCGUUCGAAAGGACGUUCCGCAACCUCGAAGAGAACAGACCGGUCGGCGGUGAUACUCUAGAACAGUUCAACUUCUGCGGCUGCGGUUGGCCGCAGCAUAUGCUGGUGCCUAAGGGGACGAAGGAGGGAUUCCCGAUGGACCUCUUCAUCAUGAUAUCCGAUUACACCGGUGACGCGGUGGAGCAGGAGGAAUCGGCCGGAUGCAAGGACGCGGUGAGCUUCUGCGGCCUGCGGGACCGCAAGUAUCCGGACGCGCGGCCCAUGGGCUAUCCGUUCGAUCGCAGACCGCGAGCUGGCGUCGAGACCCUGGCCCAAUUCCUCACCGGCAACAUGGCGGUCGCGGAGAUCAACAUCCGCCACACGGACACGGUGUUGCCGCGAGCGCGCUCCGGAAGCAUGAGCAACACCCUUACCUUUGCCUAAUGAUUGACCGACCGACCGACCGACCGAUCACGGCGGACCGCUCGCUCGCGCAUCUCCGGAGAAUUCCAACGACGAUCCCUGCCACAUUCCCGCGAUCCUGUAAUAUCCGUCGGAGAAUCGCGACUGAUUGCGUGGAAACGAGGACGCGCGCCAUGGUCCCAUCUAGUCCAUAUCCUCAGAGAGAGAAAGAGAGAAAGAGAGAAAGAGAGAGAGAGAGAGAGAGAGAGAGAGAGAGAGAGAGUAGAGCGAACGACGAGACGGGAGCGAGUAAAAAGCCGCUGGUCGGAAAGCGGAGAAGACAGGGGGUGGGAGAGAGCUAUUUCCAUAUUGCGAUAGAUGACGAAGGAUUAUCCGCUGGGUUUUUCGCGCGAGCACGCACGAUCGUGUAUGCGUAGUUGCUGGAACUUCGCCCCCUUCACGAAACUGAUCAUCGUCGAGGAACCCCGUGACUAUAUAGGGCGCGUUCUGUUACACGCUCGCAACGCUCGCGUGCAUUCUAUCUUUGCUCAUGGAUGUUAAACAAAGAUAGAAUGACGCUCGCGAGCGUUGCGAACGGAACGCGCCCGUAGUAGAAUUCAGCGUCUCUCCGCCGAUUUACAGAGUCUCUUUAUAUGGAUUUUUCUGUGUGUUUUCCUUCCCGACGGAUUUUUAACAGCUAUUCCGCAAAAGUUGCGCUUCCGCACGAUAUCUGUAUAAAUUAGAGGCAAUUUCAACUGCGCGAGCGCAGUCUUCGGGCUCACGGUGUGUUAAUUAAGCAUUUGAAUACGAUUUUAAUUUCGAGCUUGAUGAAUCUCUUGAGAAUUCUGCGAGAGCCACGCAUGCGUGUUUCAUUAAAUAGCUUUGUAAGAAUCAUUAUGUUUACGAUUUCGCAAUUUGCGCGUUUAUAUACAAGCAAUAAGUGCGGCUUAACAAAUGUAUUUUCGUGUAAAAACACGAACAGAGAGAUGUCUCGCAGAGACGUCCAAGCAAAGCUUUUCCCACCUCCUUUCUCUCAUUUCACCCGCAUUACGGGAACUAGAUUGUAGAAAGCAGCAAAUGUAAAAUGCAAAAAAAAAGAUAAAAAUAAAGUCAAACUAUGCAAAUUA